AUGUUUUCAAUCAAAGUAUCCCUACUCUUGUUCCUUCACUUGGGUCUAUUUUCACAAGCACAACUUACUGGUCCAGUUGGCGCAACCACACCUCUUUCCAAAAAGACUACUGAGUGCAACAUUCGAACCCUAUAUCCAACCUUCAACCCCCUUACCGACGAUGUCUCUAUCCCAAUUACUAACGCCUUUACCUCUUGUGUUCAAAAACAUGCUGGUAGUCGUUUGAUUGUACCUGCUGGAAAUUACACGCUCAAAACUAGCAUCAUCUUGAGUAAUGCAACCAAUUGGGCUUUCCAACUUGAUGGUCUCAUUACCGCGACUUAUUAUCCCAAUUCAACGGAUUCGACUUAUGUUGUACCAUAUGUUGUACCUCGCGCAAGGAUUCUAGAGGGCUUUGCAGGUGUAGAGAAGUUAAAUAGUACUAUUAAUGGGGAGGGUGACGGAGAGUUCCUGGAAAACUUAAUUGUCAUUAUUAAUGCCGUUGAUUUCGAACUCUACUCCUCUAAUGGUCUUGGAGCAAUUCAAGGCCAAGGUUACUUGUACCGUAUUAAUGGAAACACUAAUCGACCUCGAAUGCUUCGUCUGAUUUCCCCAAUAAAUGCUACAAUUCAUGAUCUACUUUUAAUUGAUAGUCCCAAAUUUCACUUCAUAUUUGAUUUUGGCGAGAAUAUUGAAGUAUAUCACCUGACUAUCCGUGGAGCUAAUUUGGGUUCUUAUGAUGGGAUUGAUGCUAUUGGGACGAAUUAUUGGGUUCAUGAUAAUGAGGUAACAAAUAGAGAUGAAUGUGUAUCUGUUAAAAGUCCCUCCCAUCACGCGCUGGUGGAGAAUUUGGUUUGUAACCAAGUUGGAUCGGGAAUUUCAAUUGGAAGUUUAAAUGUUUCGGCUGAGAUAUCAAACAUUCAUGCACGCAAUAUAUCCGUUCUCGGCGGUAACGAAAUCGUCUUCAUCAAAACCUACCCCGGUGGCUCCGGCUACGUCUCCAACAUCCUCUGGGAAAACUUCCGUUCCAAAGCAUCUCUCUACGGAAUAAACCUCAACCAAUACUGGCAACAAACCUACCUCCCCGACAGCGGCGCCGUCGCCCUAACCAACAUCACCUUCCGCAACUUUACCGGCUCCAUCCAAAACGGCGCUCAACGUCCCGCGCUCUACCUCCUCGCCUCCGACUACAUCCCCGCCACAAACGUCACCAUCAAAGACGUGACCGUCUGGACCGAAAGCGGAAGCACAAGUGUAAACCACAUUUCUAACAUUUUCGGCCAGGGCGAUGAUGUUUACGGGACUAACGAUGGUCUUGUCAGUUUGGGCGCGGGAGAAAAUCCAAAAACAAAAACGUAUACGAGUACGUAUACGAUUACUAGUGCGCCGACGGGGUGGGCAACGCCCACGUGGCCAAGUUGGGCGGUGCCGACGACGGGGUAUGGUACGGCGGUGCCGAUUCCGGUGUAUACGCCUGCGCCGUUGUGGAAACCGCAGGGGGAUUAUGAUAAGCAUUAUUGGGGGACUUUUUAG